UUAUAAAUUGUGCGAUGUAAACAACGCACCACCAUCAGCACAAGGAAAAGCAGCACAAAACCGUCGAGCAUUCCUGUGCGAUUGCGGAAAAACGCUUACACCAGCAAAGUGUAUGGCCUCACGCGAUCGUGGACGCGUGUGUGCAUUGUGAAACUGUACGAACGCGCCGUCAGUCUGCUGCCGUAAUCCUUCCGCUAAACGUAGCACAAUAGGGGAGAAAUCGAGCAGGAAAACGUGUAGUGAGAGAGUCCAGAACCCCCGCCACCAUGAAGGACGAUAUUAUCUACCUGGUGCUGCUCGGGUCGUGCAUCGGAUUUGGCCAGUUUUAUCGCAAGUUCACCGACCCCGAGCAGCGGAAGCUCGUGGGCACCGGGGUGGGGCUGCUGGUGGUGCUGUCCGUCAGUGGCUUCCACAUGCUGCACAUGCUGUUCUGUUAUCUCGUGAGUGCACUGCUGAUAAUCUAUGCUAGCCGAAAAGUGUGUCAUCUGGCGUGCUUUGGCUUCAUGUUCGGCUAUCUGUUCUUCUUCCGGUCGCUGUCGUUCUUGGGGUACGAUGCACCGCCCGGCCACACGAACAUGAUACAGAUGAUACUGACGCUCAAGCUCGUUGGAUUAGCGUUCGAGGUGAACAAUGCGUACACCAAGUCUAAGACGGUGGCGGAUGGGCAAAAGGACACGGCGGCGGUCGCACAACCAUCCCUGACCGAAGCUGACCGGGCGCUGCUGAAGCUCAGCAUGCUGGAUAUAUUCCAUUACAGCUUCAAUUACGUCGGCGUGCUGACCGGACCGUACAUCACGUUCAAAACGUACCGUGACGCCAUGUACCUGCCGUUCAGCGGGAAGGCGGACUGCAUCGGGGCGACGGUUGACAAGCUGAAGGUUAUCCCACUGUACGCGGGCCUGUUUCUGCUCGUGUCGUACAUCUGGCCGCUGCAGUACGCAACCAGCGCCGAGUUCUACGAGGAGCGCUCCUUCCUCUACCGGCUGAUGUACGUGUGGCCGACGUUCUUCAUCUUCCGCAUGCGCAUCUACACCGGCAUACUGCUGAGCGAGUGCGUCUGCACGAUGGCGGGCGUCGGUGCGUACCCGAAGCUGGCCGGCAGCAAACCGGGCCACGGUCCGAGCAUGGACGACUACACCACCACCGCAACGGAGGAUAGCUCCCCGCUGGAGUACGACUUUGAAACGGUGCGCAACAUCGACGUCAUCAACACGGAGCGCUGCUGGACGUUCCGCGAGGCGAUGAAGUACUGGAACAUGUGCGUCCAGUACUGGAUGGCGAUGUACGUGUACAAGCGCUUCCCGAGCAAGAAGUACCGCACACUCGUCACGCUCGCCGUGUCCGCCAUCUGGCACGGGGUGUACGCGGGCUACUACUUCUGCAUCUGUGGCGCCCCGUUCUAUCUGCCGAUCGAGGAUCUGUACGUGAAGCUGUUCCUGAAGGAUGCGACGGGCCAGAAGCGCACGGUGCUGAACGUGCUGUGCUGGAUCUCGAAGUUUUUCGCCUUCUCGUACCUGGGCAUUGCUUUUCUGCUGCUGACGGUGGACAAAAUUUGGUACUACUACAGCUCGGUGUACCACUUCGGGUACGUGCUGUGGAUUGUGCUGUACGGAGCGGGUGUGCUGAUAGCGAAGCAGCGAAAGGCUAACGCUAGAAGGGAGGCUAAGGUGGGGCAGGACGGUGCUAAGCAGGAUUGAGCCGUAUGGCCCCUUUUUUGGUUCUCAUGACACACAGCAACUGCUAGACUCAAAUUUGUUGCACCGAGCUGAAGGGAGAGAUGGCUUUAUAACACACAAAUUAAAGGUGUUCACGAGUUACGAAGAGAAUAGACUUUAUUACGUUAGAUGCUUCUAGUGAUGUUGUUUGCGGGUAAAUGUUUCUUUUUUUUACAUUAAAAUUUUGUUAGUUAAAUAAACUGGAUUCUAUUGCAUGUUGUA